AUCGAGAUGCUCAAGAAAUAUGGAUCUACGCCCUGUUGAUUAUCGGUAUACUGGCUCUGUACCUUUUUAAGGAUUAUAUCAGAAUAUAUUGGACAAUUUUUCAACUCAAUGGACCACCAGCAUGGCCAAUUAUAGGGAACGCAGAUUGGAUUUGUCGCGAAGAUCUCCUCGAAGUGAUGUCGUACUCGGCCUACAAAGAUUACGGAUCGAUAGCCCGAUUCUGGAUCACCGUAUUGCCAUACGUCAUUCUCCUCGAACCCAAUGACCUGCAGGCCAUCCUCAGUAAUUCGAAGCACACACGCAAGAUCUUUUUCUAUCGGUUCUUGGAUAAUUUCUUGGGAAAGGGAUUGAUAACCAGCGACGUGGAGACGUGGAAGACACAUCGACGGAUCCUCCAACCUGCCUUUCAUUUGCAAGUAUUGCAGAGGUUCGUCGAUUCGUUUGCCGAAUCCGCGGAUCGACUGGCGAGUAAAUUGCUCCGCCAGGAUGGCGAGGAACUCGAUAUUACAAAGUUUGUCAACGAUGCCGUUUACGAAAUUCUUAAUGAGACGGUUUUGGGGGUGAAUGUGACUAGCAAAGCGAAGAGCAAUGGCGUUAUCGAUCUUGAUGAUCUACCAUUUCGAAAAGGCCAGAUGGUCGUGCCGUAUAGGCUGCUCCACCCGUGGCUCCUGUUCGACUGGAUUUACAAGCUGACGAGCAUCGGCAGACGGGAGAAGAAACAGAGCCAGGAGCUCAGUGUCGCCUGUCGGAGGAUGAUGGAGGAGAAGAGGCGCGGCCGGGAGGUCCGGGUGAUGCCGGGCCCGGGUGGCGGUGAGCUAACCGAACGGAAGGUAUCCCUAUUGGAGUACAUGCUCGGGAUGAGCGAGAGAAAUCCCGAGUGGUUCGGCGACGAGGACAUCGUCAACGAGUGCUGCACGUUCAUGCUCGCUGGCCAACUCUUCCUCCUGGCGAAUCACCCCGAGUGGCAGGACAAGUGCGUCGAGGAGCUCAACAGGAUUUUUAAGGGCGACGACAGUAGGUCGCCAACUAUGCAAGACUUGAGAGCGAUGAGAUGCCUCGAAUCGUGCAUAAAGGAGGCUCUUAGACUUUAUCCGAGUGUGCCGCUCUUUGCCAGGACGCUUGGAGAGGACGUCAAAGUCGGGAAGCACGUGAUACCGGCCGGCUGUGGGGUAAUUAUUCUACCCUACAGCACACACCGGCUGCCGCACCAUUUCCCGGAUCCGCACAGCUUCCGCCCUGAGCGCUUCAGUCCCGAGAACUCGGCGAAGCGACAUCCUUACGCUUACUUACCGUUCAGCGCCGGGCCGCGCAAUUGCAUCGGCAACAAGUUCGCCAUACUGGAAAUGAAAGCCAUGAUAAGCGCUAUACUGCGCAGGUGUCGUUUGGGCAGCGUCGAAGGCAAGACGGAAGUGCGACCAAAAUUUCGCCUGACUGUCAGAGCGUCGGGUGGACUCUGGUUGAAGAUAAAUCAGCGUCGCAAUGGCCGAUGAUUAAUGCUGGGCAUCGGAUGUACGAGGACAUGCAGUGUCGUUGACCAUCGGCGUUCCACGCGAUUUUAACGCCCCCGAAUGAAUA